GUGGGAUAUAGUCCUUUUCCCAUACAAAAACCGGCUGACCCUGUUGGACUGAAUAAAUCAGGGUUUUUACUUUUUAGUCAUUGAAACCCUAUAAAAUUCAGUCGUUUGACUCAAAAACUCGCAGAGCAAUCUCUAUGGAUCCCCAACCAGAACCCGUCAGCUACAUUUGCGGAGAUUGUGGAAUGGAGAACACUCUCAAGCCAGGUGAUGUGAUUCAGUGCCGCGAGUGCGGUUAUCGUAUCUUGUACAAGAAGCGUACUCGUCGCAUUGUCCAAUAUGAGGCACGCUAGCCGAUGGAUGAGAGUGGACAUGUAUAUGCUUGUGGCCUGAAGUAUUGAAGCGUACGGGCAUCCUGUUGGAAGUUGCAGAGAUCUCUUGGUUUGUAUGUCUAUAGUGUUUGAACAAGCUUGGUCUUACUAUCAUUUAAGACUUACUUUCACCCAAUUGGAUGGUGAUCGAUAUAAUUAGUUGUAUGUGUGUUUUGUGAUGAAAGUAUGUGGUGUUAAUGGAACAUUAUCAUAAAUUUAUUUGUGUUACAAUUGUAUACCAUAGUUAUUUAAAUGAUUGUUUUUUUUGUU